GAGGGAGCAUAUAGUUAAAUUAAGGAAGCAUUCAAGGGAGUAUCCUACGCUCCGGCGCACGUUAGUUGACCCAACCAGAUCCUCUUUUCCCGAGUCUCGCAGAUCAACCAUUCGCGCUUCCUCCGCCCACCUCCAUUCUCACGACGCCACCUCUCGCGCUCUGGUUGCUUUGAUUGAUCUAUUUCCUGUUCAGCUAUGGCUGAUGAUGAACCUGUAGAUCCAAAGAGGGAGCUUGAAGACCGCUGUAAGGCACCAUGUGCACGGCCACUUAAAGAUUAUCAGGCGUGCACUAAAAGAAUUGAAGGUGACGACUCCGGGCACAAGCACUGUACUGGGCAAUACUUUGACUACUGGCACUGCGUCGACAAAUGUGUUGCUACUAAGCUGUUUUCUUACCUUAAAUAACCGAUGAGGGCGGGCAUUCGACCGUCCAUUUAGCAUGGAAAACAGGUUUCCUACUUUAAUUCUUCAAAGACUCGCUAGGAAUUCAGUUUUUCCGUUUGUGUUCUUGCUUGCAUGCCACCUCCAUUGAAAAUUUUGUGUUUUUGGAGAGAUUUGUUUAAUCAAUAAAUCUGAACUUGAUGGGAUUGAGUUUUUCUAAGUUUUUUGUUGGUAUAAUGAUGUGGUGUAAGGGGAUCAGCCCUUGUUGGUUUACCAUCAACGGAAACGGGCAUAAACCCACCUUAAUUAUAAAUUAUUGUCAUUAAUUAUAAGUUAUUGCCAUUUAUUUC